CCCUCUCAACAUCCCUUCUCCCAAGCCCUCUCCCAGCCCUACUCCCAGCCCUUCUCCCACCCUUCUCCCAGCCCUUCUUCACAUCCCUACCGCAUCCCUCUCACAUCCCUUCUCUUCCCAGCCCUACUCCCACCAUUCUCCCACCCUUCUCCAGCCCUCACCCAGCCCUACUCCCAGCCCUCUCACAUCCCUUCUCACAUCCCUACUCCCAGCCCUUCUCCCGAGACCCUACUCCCAGCCCUUCUCCCAGCCCGUUCUCCCAUCCCUUCUCCCAGCCCUAUCUCCCAGCCGCCUACUCCCAGCCCUUCUCCAUGCCCUUCUCCAGCCACUUUCUCCCAGCCCUACUCCCAGCCCUUCUCACAUCUCCUCUCCCAGCCUCUCCCCAGACCUACUCCAGCUCCUUCUCCCAGCCCCUUCCCCCAGCCUACUCCCACUCUCUCCAUCCCUUCUCCCAGCCCCUUCGUCCACAUCCCUUCUCCCACCCCUUCUUCCCCAUCCCUUCUCCCAGCCCUUCUCCCGUCCCUUCUCCCAUCCCUUCUCCCAGCCCUUCUCACAUCCUUCUCCCAUCCCUAUCUCCCAGCCCUUCUCCCACAUCCCUUCUCCAGCCCUUCUCCCAGAACCUACUUCCCAGCCCUUCUCCCAGCCUUCUCCCAGACCUCUCCCAAGCUAUUCUCCAACAUCCCUUCUCCCAGCCCUUCUCACAUCCCUUCUCCCUCCCUUCUCCAUCCCUUCUCCCAGCCCUUCUCCCAUCCCUUCUCCCAUCCCCUUCUCCCAGCCCUUCUCACAUCUCUCCCAUCCCUACCCCAGCCCUUCUCCAUCCCUUCUCCAUCCCCUUCUCCCAGCCCUUCUCCUACCCUCUCCCAUCCCUCUCCCAACCUUCUCCCAGCCCUACUCCCAGCCCUUCUCCAUCCCUUCUCCCAUCCUUCUCCCACCCUCUCCCAUCCCCCCUUCUCCCAGCCCUUCUCCAGCCCUUCUCCAGCCCACUCCCAGCCCUUCUCCCAGCCCUUCUCCAGCCCUUCUCACAUUCCCUUCUCCCAGCCCUUCUCCAUCCACUCCCGAGCCCUUCUCACACUUCCCUUCUCCCACCCUCUCUCCAGCCCUACUCCCAGCCCUUCUCCCAUCCCUUCUCCCCAGCCCUUCUCCCAGCCCCUCCACCUUCUCCAGCCCUUCUCACAUCCCAUCCCAGCCUCUCCCAGCCCUACUCCCAGCCCUUCCCAUCCCUUCUCCCAGCCGUCUCCCAGCCCUUCUCCCAGCCCUCUCUCACAUCCCUCUCUCCCAGCCCCGUUCUCCCAGCCCUACUCCCAGCCCUUCUCACAUCCUUCUCCCAGCCCUUUCUCCCCAGACCUACUCCCAGCCCUUCUCCCAGCCCUUCUCCCAGACGCUACUCCCAGCUCUUCUUCACAUCCCUUCUCCCAGCCCUUCUCACAUCCCUUCUCCCAUCCCUUCUCCCAUCUUCUCCCAGCCCUUCCCCAUCCCUUCUCCAUCCCUUCUUCCCAGCCCUUCUCACAUCCCUUCUCGCAUCCCUACUCCCAGCCCUUCUCUCACCCUACUCCCAUCCCUUCUCCCAGCCCUUCUCCAGCCCUUCUCCAGCCCUUCUCCCAUCCCUUCUCCCAGCCGCCUACUCCCAGCCCUGAAAGCUUCAAAAUCGUAUUGCCCCGCGCUGUGUGCCCAUAA